UGCACCCCAAAGCAGGGCUCUUUGAGGACCUGAGCUCCUCCGAGGACUCGGACAGCAUGCCUCGCCGCUCCCGCCACAGCCGAAACAAGCCACUGAGCAUCCACGACGGGCCGCAGGCCAUCGCCUUCCGAGUGGGAGACGCCACCAAGCACCACGAGCGCAGCGUGGCUCCGCUUGGCUACGUGACGUUCCGAGCUGGACUGGGGCAGUCCGAGGGCAUCAGUAACCGAGACGUCACCUCGCCCAUCAACAAGCUGGAUUUGGAGAGCAACAGCAGUCAAGACGAGAGUCCAUUCUUCGACAACGACAUGCCGACUAUGCGGUGCAGCAGCAGCAGCAGCAGCAGCAGCAGCGUCGAGGGGCUGCCCCCAAAACUGGGGGUCAGUCGGGACGGCUCCCUGGAGAGCAACGAGGACUCGGACCAGAAGAACUCACCACCCAAUCGCAGGAAAAACAAGAAUCGCUAUGGCAACAGUGAGAGUGUGCAGGCCUGUGAUGCGGUGAAUGCUGGGGUUCACCCCUCAGCUGCAGCGGCUCCUUCAUACUCCGGUCCGAAGGACCUGGGCGAGUUCCUGGAGACGAUCGGGUUUUCAAAGUACGUCCCCCUGCUGGAGGAGCAAGACAUUGACCUGCGGAUUUUCCUCACGCUGACCGAGAACGACCUGAAGGAAGUGGGCAUUACGCUGUUUGGUCCCAAGCGGAAGAUGACGUCAGCGAUCGCGCGGUGGCACAGCAACGCCCGCCCCCCCAGCGAUGCCCUUGAGCAGGCGUACGCUGACCAGCUGGAGGCAGAGAUGCAGGAGAUGGCAAUCCAGCUGCAUAAGAAAUGCGCGGAGAUGGAGCAGCUGCAGGGCCAGGUGUCUCAGGAGAGGGAGCUGCGCAUGGUGGUGGAGAGCUGCCUCAUGGAAGACAAGAUGGGCUGGAGAAGGUUCCAGGAGCAGGUGGAGGUCACACAGGGAGCGGCGCGGGAAGCAGGCAGAGCGCUGGAGAGAGUGCGGGCGUGCCAGGCAGAGCUCCUUGUGCGGUUGAAGAACGACAGCGCUUGGGGGUUGCGGUCGGAGGGCAGAGCGAUACAGCAGGGGGAGAAAGAGAAGACAUGGCCGCUGGUGACGAAAAACCUGGACAGGUUGAAGGACGCAGAGAAAGAGAGUCCGGGCUGGACAGAGUCCUAGCCUUGCGAUUGCUGCUCGUUGUUCAAAUUCUUGACGGAGGGUGACUUUACCAUCCUGAACAAGCUUGCCACAGGGGGGACGUUGCCGAGUCGUGGGAGCGGCUUUGCAGGGGUUCACCGGGGCAAGCUCUGACAAGCAGGCAGGGGAACCACUUCCCUUCAGCCUGCGCUCUACAACGACACUUAUUUAAAACCUCCUUGCCUGCCAGGACAGUGGCGAGGGAGGUGUCAGGAGCUCCAGAGCCAAUAGGAACUGUACUUUCAAUAAGGGGGCGAGAACAAGUAGGGGGUUGAUUCUGGUUUUUUUUAUUCAGUUAGAGGGUUGAGGCUGAAGUGUGGCAUGGCCAAUAGAGAGGGAGAGAGGGAGGGAGGGGGCGGGGAAUGGUUAAUGGGUCAUUUUUUAAAAUUGUUCUUAACCUGUCCGUUCUAGGAUUGAAACAAAGUAUACCUCUCUCGUGUUAUAUUAUUUUUCAUGGUUUUGGAUUUUUUUACUUGCAGAAAUUUUCCUCGGUACAUUAUGUUGGUUAAUUUUUUAAUAAAUCUAUCAUCU